AUGGCGGAGAAAGACUUCGCCGGCAGCGAGUGCGUUGAGGUGAACGGGCAGGACUUAGAGCGGUCUUGCCGUGAUCAUGAUCCGGCCGCCGCUGCAGAAGGUGUGAGCAGAGGCCUAGCCAUCGGGCUUUUCGUACGGGAGUUGAUGGUGGAGGGCGUGGCGUCGUUCCUGCUGGUGUUCUGGUCGGCCGUGGCGGCGCUGAUGCAGGAGAUGCACGGCACGCUGACGUUCCCCAUGGUGUGCCUCGUCGUCGCGCUCACCGUCGGCUUCGUGCUCUGCUGGCUCGGCCCCGCGCACUUCAACCCCGCCGUCACCCUCACCUUCACCGUCUUCGGCUACCUCUCGUGGGCCAAGCUGCCGUUCUACGUGGUGGCGCAGAUGGCCGGCUCGCUGCUCGCCUGCGUGUCGGUGAACGGCGUCAUGGAGCCGCGGGAGGAGCACUUCUACGGGACGGCCCCGAUGAUGGCCGGCGGCCACACUAGGCUGCCGUUCCUGCUCGAGUUGGUCGCCUCCGCGGUGCUCAUGAUCGUCAUCGCCACCGCUGCCAGAGGCUCCAAUCAGACAGCAGGAGGGCUGGCCAUCGGAGCUGCCGUCGGCACCCUGGGUCUCGUCAUCGGGCCGGUGUCCGGAGGGUCGAUGAACCCGAUCAGGACGCUGGGCCCGGCCAUCGUACUCGGCAGGUACACCUCCGUCUGGAUCUACCUCGUCGCGCCCGUCGCCGGGAUGCUCAUCGGCGCGCUGUGCAACCGGCUCGUUAGGGGCUCCGACGCCAUCCUCGCCUUCCUCUGCGGCACCAAGCCGAGAGCGGUGGCGCCCAGAACCACGACGCGCGCCGUUGGAGCACUUGCGUCGCCGCACUACUAG